AUGUAUCCCCUGUAUUCCAGCUGGACGUCUUUCAUCGUAGUAGCUUGCUUGAUCCAAGGCCUAUAUGCGUCUAUACACCCCAUUACCAUCCACGGCCAGAAGUUUAUAGAUUCAAUCACCAAGGAAACAUUUCUUAUCAAGGGGGUCGAUUAUCAGCCUGGUGGAUCGUCGGCGGUUACGGCAAACUUCGAUCCACUCUCAGAUCCCAACACCUGCGCCAGAGACAUUAUCCUAUUCCAAGAGCUUGGUAUCAAUACAAUCCGUGUGUACUCGGUGAAUCCAGACCUCAACCACGAUAUCUGUAUGACCCUUCUUGCUUCGGCGGGUAUUUACGUGGUGAUAGACGUGAACUCUCCCUUGGAGAACCAACACUUGAACAGAUAUGAGCCAUGGACCACGUACAACGAGUUUUACUUGGAACAUGUGUUCAAAGUAGUUGAACAGUUCUCCUUUUACAACAACACCUUAGGGUUGUUUGCCGGAAACGAAAUCAUUAAUGAUCGAAAAUCUGCCAGAGAAUCUCCGGUGUACACAAAGGCCUUGAUCAGAGAUAUCAAGACAUAUAUCGCCUACAACUCUCCUCGUUCCAUUCCCGUAGGCUACUCGGCCGCAGACGACUUGAAUUACCGAAUGCCUCUUUCCCAAUAUCUUGAAUGCGCAGAGGACGACCCGUUUGUAUCUGUGGACUUUUACGGGGUAAAUUCUUAUCAGUGGUGUGGAGAACAGACGUUCUAUACCAGUGGAUACAAUGUGCUCGUCGAGGACUAUGCCAAGUUCACCAAGCCAGUAUUUUUUUCGGAGUUUGGGUGCAACGAAGUGACUCCCAGGUUGUUUGAAGAGGUCAAAGCCAUUUUCUCCGAAGACAUGGUUGGGGUAUUUAGCGGUGGGUUGGUGUACGAAUACUCCCAGGAAGCUAAUAACUACGGCUUGGUAGACAUUGAUGCGUCUGGAAACGUGCAGAUGUUGGAAGACUUUGAAGCUCUAAGAAACCAGCUCGAAAUGGUGGAAGAUAAACCCUUUACCAAGACUAAGCACUCGCCUCACCGGAAUAUCCCGAUGUGUGAGGAGACGUAUAAGAACCUAGAUGUCUCAAAAGGCCUCCCAAAAUCACUUGCCGAGGAUCUCAUUCUUGACGGGGUGAGCGUUGAACGGGGAAACUUUGUAGACCUUGAAGUUUCCAACCUUUUCACCAAGUACAAGAUAUUCUAUCCAGACGGAAGCCGCUACCCGGAGGACAUUGGUGUGGAAAUUGUUCAGGAUCUUUCGUCCGUCGAUAUUUCUGCCUCGGAAAAGCCGCGAAAGAAAACUCACAUGCUUAUGGGAUUGUUCAAUAGCAGGGCUUCAACCUCCAUGUCGAUUACAGCCAUGCAUUUGGUGGUGGCCGUGAUUUCCAUCAUGGCUUCCAUCGCCGCUUAG